AUGUCCAGCUUCACUAUUCUUCUUCAACAAUCCUAUGCUUCCCAAUGGAACUACGGAGAUCUAGGGCCUGAUGUAUGGAGCGAUUUUUAUUCAAUAUGUGGUAGACGUGCGCAAUCACCCAUCAACAUCAGAACACCGUGCACAGUUUUUCAGUCAUUCAAAGUCUUCACUUUCUCGUCAGCAUAUACUCAAACACGCAAGUUCAAACUUCUCAACAAUGGUCAUACUAUUGUUGGCACAUAUAUUGAUACUAAUCGAUCAUCACCCUACGAGCUCAAUGGCGGUGGUCUUAACGGAACAUUCAAACUAACCAAUUUCCAUCUACACUGGGGUGAGAAUUACAAGUCAGGAAGUGAACAUCGAGUGAAUGGACAAAAGUAUUCUGGUGAGAUGCAUAUAGUUCAUACAAACCUCAAAACUGGCCAAAUGGCUGUUCUUGGUAUGUUCAUUCAGAGUAUUACUGUCACAAGUGUUGAUCAGAGCGAAAAAGAUGAAGAUGGUCAAAGUUUGAGAUUAGUGGAGUGGCAGAAAUAUCUCUCUGUAAUUAAAAAUCUACAAAACGUGGGUGAUUUCAUAGAAGCUGAUCUGAAUCUCUCGUGGUUAGAAAGUCACAAUUUGAAUGACUUCUGGCGGUAUCGAGGUUCGCUAACAACACCGCCAUGCAUCGAAGAUAUUAUUUGGACUGUAUUCAGGGCACCCAUCAUAGUGAAAGAUGGUGAAUUCCAAGUUUUACGGCAUGAUAUUCUGAUAAAAGAUUUUCGUGAGCCGCAACCGCUGAAUGGUCGACAAGUGUUGCAAAGUUUCAAGUCGAAAGAUCAACCUUCAAAAGGUGACUAUCAAAGGUGUUUGAUCGAAUAG